ACAGAUUCUCAUUAUGAAUACAAAUUGUUUUAUUUGAAUCGAUCUGAGAAAUUGUCUUAUAAAAGGUUUGGUGAAAAUCAAUAAUCAAAAAACAAAAUUAAUAAAAUAAAUCAUAAACAUUUGAAAGUAAUCAGAAACAUAAUAGAAAUUUAAAUUUGAAGCAUCUAGAUUAUUUCGUAUCAACUAACUAUUAAAAUCUUCACUUUCUCUUUCAUACAUCCCUUUUCAGUCCUCGUGCUCCUUUAUAUCAUUAAUAAUGUUGGUUUCAUAAAUAUUUGAUUAUUCUCAUGAACUAUAUACUCAUUUACAUUGUGAAUACAAAAUGUUUUGUUUGAAUUUUGCCGUAUAAAGAAAGUAAUGAUAUUCAUUCAGUAGCUAUGCAAUUUGAUUAAGUAGCUAUUAUAUUCAUUCAGUAGCUAUGAUAUUCAUUCAGUAGCUAUAGAAUUCAUUCAGUAGCUAUGAUAUUCAUUCAGUAGCUAUAGGAUUCAUUAAGUAGCUGCAAGAUUCAUUAAGUAGCUGUAAGACUCAUACAGUAGCUAUACGAAUCAAUAAAUAGCUAUAGGAUUCAUUAAGUAGCUAUGAUAUUCAUUCAGUAGUUAUAGGAUUCAAUAAGUUGCUAUAAAACUCAUACAGUAGCUAUAGGAUUCGUUAUGUAGUUAUGCUUAAGAAAAUGCAGCAGACUAUAUUAAAAAAAGUAUCUCUUUUGAGAAUGAGCCGUAUCAUUCAUAAAAAGGUACACAUGAUUUUCUGAAUAUCUGGGAAUAUAGAUUAUUAGCACACUGAGAGCUGAGGAAUUUGAGUGCAUUUAAUUUGAUUUUAAUAUUGGGGAAUUGAGGAGAAUUUGUCUCGAGUUGGUAUUGAAUGAAUUUUUCGAAGUGGAAUGUAAACCUGGCUAAUUCAUUGGAAUUUUUUAGAAAUUUUUGUAUUGAUUGGAUUAGCAAUAUGAAAUGCAUCGAAGAUCAAAUUGCUUUACGAAUGCAAUGUAUUGCAAACUGUUAUCUGCCGAGUGGUAUUUGAUUUUAGCAGUUUGAAGGCUUUUGCGGAAAUUUGUGGUCUGUAGAAUUUUAUUGCGUGAGAUAUGAUUGAAAUAUAUUUUUAAAAAUUUUUUCUCUUAAUAAAAUUUUUUAAGGACUUUUACGGUUAUGGACUAGUACGCAUGGGGGAUUAUGGGGGAUUAUCUGACACCAUAGUUAGAUAGCAUUGUCACCACUCUCCGUAUGUAAUGGCAGUAUAUUCAUGUUUUUGCUUGCUUUGUUUUAUAGUGAACCCUGGCUGUCCGUAAAUUCUAUUAGUCGGCGUAUAUAUACCAAAUUUUAAUCUAAAUAGAUCAUUUGGUUGUAAAAUACAACAUCGGUUAUUUGAUGGUGGUAUUUGGAAUGUUGCAUUCAUAGGCGGCGGAGCCCCUAGGCUAGGAGGGGCUCAGAUAUUAAAAAAUUCAGAUUUCAUCACGAUUGUGUGUUUGAUAAACGUUCAAAGUCCCUAUGAUAUGCAUCAACGGAAACAUUUUUAUGUUAUCAAUAACGUUGUAAUGCAUUAGGCUGAUGUUUUCAACAGUCUGUGUUCCCAUUAUUAUGUAAAGUAGAAACAUUUAUCAUAGCACCUACGAACGGCACGGAAAAAGAAUGAUGAUAUUAAUGUUGAAAGUACUGUUGAAUUGUUAAAUGAUGAUAUUAAUAUUGCACGUUUUAAAUGCGACUUGCAUUUAUUGCCUGACUUUUUUUCAACUAAUUAUUUUAAACUUAGAAACAAAUUUGGACUUAAAAACAAUUUAAAAAAUUCAGACUCUACGAUUUACUCUAUGUACAAUCUAUUAGGAAAUGUAUAUUUCAUGAAUAUUGUAAAUUAUUGCGUAUAUUUAACAGUUCUCGUUAUAAGGGCUGCUGCUGAAGAAUGCUUCAGUGUAAUGAAUAAAAUAAAGAUAUAUCUACGAUCAACAAGGACAGAACAAUGCUUCAAUAAUGUCCUUAUACUUCAUAUUCAUAAAGAAAAGAUAAAUCAGUCAGACUUAAGCAGCAUUUUCUACUCUGAUUUUUUGCAAUAAGAUCAGAGUAGAAAAGCCUUUUCUCGACAUGAACAAUAUCUUUUUCUACCUACGACUGUUUUAUUUGCUUUAGUCAAAAUUUAAGAUUUGUUAUGCUUAUGUUGAUAAUGAAAUAAAAAUUUUGAUAGUGUCGUAGAAUCUUCAAUUAUUCUGCAGGCAUGUAAAUGUGUCACUGCAGAAAAGUUUUUGGAUGAAAGUUGUGACCACGAAACUUAAAAGUUUGCUUUCUCUCCUAAUGUGGAUUUUCUAUAGUUGUUUAAAAAAAUCUUUGAGCCCCUCCUAAACUGGAAACGUUCCGCCGCCUAUGAUUGCAUUCCCAUUGUGAUAGAUAUCUGAUGUAAUUUUCUGUAUCUUAUGAGUUCUAAAUUACUGUUAAUUCUUGUUAACCAUGUUACCAGUAGUAUGUAUGUUUAUUUUACAUGUUACAUGUAUUGAUAAUAUUAUUUAAGAUUCUAAUGUAACUAGUAGAUUUUCAAUAUCUCUGUAUAGUAUCUGUUGUUUAUAUGCUUUGUUUUCCAUAUGUGAGAAUAUAUCUACAAUAUAAAGCAUCUGUUGAACAAUUAUUUAUUAAAGAAAAGGACUUAUUUAAUAAAUUGUGCUUAGAUAACUUCAAUGAAAUGUUCUUUGGAAUCGAUUUGUCUAGUAUUCCUCAUUAUUUACUCUUUAUAGAUUUACUUUUAGAUACUUGUAAUUUUAUUGAUUCCUAUUAUGUCUAAACGAGCGGAAUGGAUUAAGGAAUUAAAUGAACUUGAUUGUCUCAACGUGGAGUUUUGUGAGACAUUAACAACAUCUUUUAACUAUAUUAUUGCUUUUUGCAUAUUAUCUCAUAAAUCCGGUUACAUAAAACCUGUUAGAGAAGCUUAUGAUUUUGUUGAACGUUAUUAUAGAGAACAAUUUAUUGAUAAUAAUAAUAAAUUUUCUACUACACGUAUGGAAAGUUUAACUACUGCUAAACUAAUUUCCGAAUUAGAAAUGCCGUCGAAAUUCAUCUCAUCUGAUGAAGAUCGUCCGUUGACAGACUUCGCUUUUUUUGAACCAAAUUCAAUAAAAGCGAAAGAAAUACAUCCUAACUUAAUAUGUGGCUUCAAUGGAGUAUAUAAGUUGCAGCGAUCAACAGCGAGACAAAACAAUAAUAUUCACGAUCGAAGCCUAACCGUCUUAAUACUAACUACUGGGGAUCGUUGGCCACAAUUAUUGGAGCAUUUCUACGAUGCACAUCAGACGAAUGUUAAGUAA